AUGGUGAUUGGUAUUAUGGCGAUUGAAAUGUCUGGUGGUAUUUAUUGUCCAUUAUCACCUCGAGAUCCACAACGUCGUUUAAAUGCACUUACUCAACAAACUCAAAGUUGUCUUGUUCUUGUUCAGCAUUCUACAACGUUGACGUUUUCAAGUGAAAUCGUUUCAUGUAACAUAGAUUUAAUAUGGACUAUUGGCCUCAGUAACAGGUCUAUAAUUAUCGAUCGUCUUUCGGAUAUUGUAGGAACGGUAGACAGUAUUGCAUAUGUUGUUUUUACUAGUGGUUCAACAGGAACAUCGAAAGGAGUCCAAAUUCGUCAUCGAAAUUUGCUGUCUUGCAUUCAUUCUCUUGUUCGAUGGCAUUUAUUCACAAAUGAGGAUACUAUGAUACAAAUGGCAAGUUGUUCAUAUGAUGUGCAUACUCAAGAAAUCAUCGGAGCUUUAAUCACUGGUUCAACGAUUAUCAUGCUUGGUCCUCAAGGAAAUAUGGAUUUAGAAUAUAUGACGAAGACGUUGACUGAAAAACAGGUAUCAUAUUUACAGUGCGUACCAGCAUAUGUCAAUACUUUGUUAAAAUUUCUACAAAGUCACAGCAUUCCAAAUUUGAGUAGUUUGCGUAAUGUUGAUACUGGUGGAGAAAUAAGUACAGUUCAACUUAUUGAUAAGUUGUAUACAUAUCUACCACAAGAUUGUUCUGUAUGGAACAUCUAUGGACCUGCAGAAACAACUGUCGAUUGCACAGGUUAUGUCAUAGGCAGAAAUCAAAAUAUGAUCAGCAUUCCAAUUGGACGUCCACUGGCCAACUAUCGAUGUAUAACUAUGAAUGAAUAUAUACAAUCAUCUGUUAUCGGUCAAGAAGGAGAAAUGUUUGUGGGUGGAGUAGGUGUCUUUGCUGGUUAUCUUGGACGUGACGACUUAACUGCAAAAGCUCUUCUUGAAAUAGAUGGUCAACUAUUUUAUCGAACAGGUGAUCUUGUUAGAAUGGAUAGCAAUGGUCUUCUUCAUUAUCAAGGAAGAAAAGAUCAUCAAAUCAAACUUCAUGGACAACGAAUCGAACUUGGAGAAAUCGAACGAUGUUUACUUAAUAUUACAUCCAUCUCUGCUUGUGUUGUCAUGAAAUGGAAUGAUGAUUAUUUAGUUGCUUAUGUUCAAUCUUCUUCUCAUAUGAAUGAAGAACAACUACGUGAACAUUGUCAAUCUCACCUUCCACCACAUAUGAUUCCAUCUUUCUUUAUUAUACUAAAUAAAUUACCUCUGAAUCCAAAUGGUAAAAUAGAUCGAAAACAACUUCCUUCACUUCACUUCUCAUCUAUGCAUCUCACAAACAGUACAGAAUUGUUACUACCAACAAAUGAUACUGAAGUUAGUAUUCAUCAGAUUUGGUGUGAGAUGUUCAAACAAAAUCAGAUCUCAACUGAUACAAAUAUCUUUACUAUUGGUGGUCAUUCACUACUUAUCAUGCAACUAUUUCAUCGAUACAAGACCGAGUUUCAUUUAGAAACAAAUACUCUUUCUAUUUCUAAUCUAUUUCAACAUCCAACAAUUAUUCAUCAUGCUCAAUUCAUUCAGCAAUCUAUCAAUAUUAUCCACACUCUGGAGAACAUUCCUUGGCCUUCAUUACAUAUCAUGAAAGCUAGACCAUCAUUUGCACAAGAACGUAUUUUCUUAGAUGAACAAAUUCGAUUUUCAUCAACAAAUAAUAAUACUAACAUAUAUGUUAUUCCAUUAAUUUAUCGGUUUUCAUCUAUGAAUGAUCAUAUAUCUAUUUCACGAUUACAACAUGCAUUUCAAUCUAUCAUAAGAAAACAUCAAAUUUUUCGAAUAGCACUCUAUUUUGAUACAAAUGGUACUAUUGUUCAACAUUGUUUAGAUCCAAAUGCUAUUAUCAAUGAUAAGAAAUCAUCUAGAUUUUCGAUGAUUACUCUUCCUGAUGAAAAACAUGAACAGAAUGAAAUUGUAAAGAAGAUUUUAAAUCAAUCAGAUUUAUUUGAUUUAUCAAUGGGACAUGUUAUUAAUUGCCAUAUUCUUCGUCGUGGUCAAUCAAAUCAUUCACUCACUCAGAGUAGUGAUGAUCUAAUGACCAAAGAUGAUUUAAUAUUAUUUACUAUUCAUCAUGCCUGUUUUGAUGGAGCAUCAGUAUCAAUCUUCCUUCGUGAUCUUUCUCUUGCUUAUCAAUCAAAUGACUUGCUCCCUAUAGAUGAUAAUUCAUUACAAUAUAUUGACUAUUCUAUUCAUGAACACAUAAUGAAUAUAACAUCGUCUCAAGAAUUUUGGCAAUUAGAACUCAAAGGAUAUAAUCUCACAGGCCAAUUAUCAUUACCUGUUGAUCGACAACGUUUAUUAACUGAUCAACGAUCAGGUUUAGCUUCUACAGCUCAAAUCACUUUUGAUGAUGAAAUAUGUAGAUCAUUUCUCAAAUAUGCAUCAUCACAUCAUCUUACACUUUUUCAACUUGGUUUAUCCAUAUUUUAUGUCUUCCUAUUCAAACUAACUCAUGGUGAGAGUGAUUUAUGUAUUUCUUCGAUUAAUGCUAAUCGAUAUCGAAGUGAAUUAGUGAACAUGAUAGGAAUGUUUGUUUCAACAUUACCAUAUCGUGUUGAACUUGAUUCUCAAUGGUCAUUUGAUGAAGUAGUUGAAUAUGUCCAAGAAAAAUGCUUAUCAAUUCUUGAACAUUCUCAUUAUCCACUUCAACAUAUUCUUGGUGAUUUACAUCUCACUCAAUCGGAUGCAUCAUUUCUUGAAGUAGUGUUUGAUUUUAUCACUAUAUCAAAAGAAGUUAAUGAUUUAUCUUUGAAUGGUGUCAAUUUAGAACAAGUGUCGUUAAAUGGAUCAUAUGAAAUGACUAAAUUUGACUUUUCAUUAACAUUUGUAUACAAUUCAUCAUCAGAUGAUAAUCAACUCUGCUGUUCUUUUGUUUGUUCAAGUGAUUUAUAUGAUAAGAAGACACUUGCCGUAAUAAGUCGAAGAUUUCAGCAUGUCUUCGAACAACUCUUUUCAAUGAAUUCUAAUAUUAAUCAAACUGAUUUCAAUGUUUCACCUAUUAUGAAACUUAGUCUUAUUUUGCCAGAGGAAGUUCAUGAAAUGGAACAAAUAGUUUUUUGUCGGCAAUCAGAUAUUACGAAUGAAGCACCAGCAUCAUUUGCACAAGCUCGUAUUUGGCUUGAUGAAAGAAUUCGAUUCGAUCCAGACAAACCUCAAAUAGCAAUCUAUAAUAUGCCUUUUGUUUAUCGUCUCCAAGCAAGUAAUACUUUAUCUAUUAAACAACUUCGUCAUGCUCUUCAUCUUACUUUUAACAAACAUCCUUCACUUCAUACAUCACUUAUCUUUGAUGCACAGAUGAAUCAACUCACGCAACGAGUUAUUACACGAAAAGAUAACUAUACUGAUAUGCUUUCGAUCAUCGAAACUAUUUAUAAAACAGAUAAGCAACUCAAUGAAAUUUUACACGAUGAGAAACGUAAUCCUCAUCUUUUUGAUCUUACUCAAGGUCUUGUCUUUCGAUGUCAUAUUAUUUAUUACAAACAAAUCUCUUCAAAUCAUCAUCUUUCUGACCAAGGUCUACUUAUUUUCAACUUUCAUCAUGCUUUAUUUGAUGCUCCAUCGAUGGAAGUGUUUCUUUAUGACCUCAAUCAAGCAUACGCAACAGGUCAAUUACUAUAUGACGACAACAGCAAUCUUCGUUAUCUCGAUUAUGCUGUUAUUGAACAACAAAUGUCAAUGACUGGCGCAAGUAUGUUUUGGCUGGAUGCUCUUCAUGAUUGUAAACUUGAUCAGCCUUUGUCAUUACCAUUUGAUCAAUAUCGUCUCUCAAAUGAACAUCGAACUGGUCGUGGAACAUCUAUUUCAUUUGAUUUUGAUCAAGAUCUAUCACGUGACUUUCUUACCCAUGCAUCAUCAAACAACAUAUCACUUGAACAUCUCACAUUUGCUAUUUAUUUCAUCUUUCUAUUUAAACUAACUAAUGGACAAACAGAUCUAUGUCUGGCUAUGAACAUCAAUAAUAAUCGAUAUAGAGAUGAACUCAAAUCAAUCACUGGAUUAUUUGAGAAUGUUAUUCCAUUACGAUGUCAAUUAGAUCCUCAUUGGUCUUUUCAUCAACUACUUGAGCAUGUUCGAGAGAUAACAACAAAUAGUAUGAAUUAUUCAUAUUUUCCACUUCAACAUAUUCUCAAUCAACAUCCACAUAUUUCAAAGCAUGCAUUUUUGAACAUAUCUCUAGAAUUUAUAUCAUACAAGAGUAACAAUGCCAUGAUGAUUGGUGAUUCUCAACUUGUUCCAACAUCUUUUUCAUUCAAUGAUAAUGAAGAUGACAUACUAACUGUAUGCGACUUCUCUCUUUCAUUUCAUCAUAAUAUGAACAUGAAUCAACUGUCAUGUACAAUCAAUGCAUCACUUGACUUGUUCAAUAGAGACACAGUGGAGAAGAUUUCACAACGAUUUCAUUCCAUGUUACAUCAAUUAUCUGCAUCUAUGAUUGACAGCCAAAUAAACAACCCAAUCUAUGAACUAUCAUCAAUAUUGUCAAAUGAACAGUAUCUAAUGCAAUCAUUGAAUAAUACACAAAUACCAUUUUCAUCUUCUCUCACUUGUAUUCAUCAUGAGUUUGUAUAUCAAGUAAUGAAACAUCCACAAAAGCUAGCUGUUGAACUUGAUGAACAAUCAUUGACAUAUUGUGAACUCUUACAUUAUGUACAAACAUUAUCCUUAACUCUUCUUAAUGAAUAUCAUGUGUUACCAGGUGAGGUCGUGUGUCAAUGUGUCGAGCGAAGUUUGUCAAUGGUGAUUGGUAUUAUGGGAAUUGAAAUGGCUGGUGGUGUAUAUUGUCCAUUGUCACCUCGAGAUCCACAACAUCGUUUGCAAGCACUUGUUCAACAGACACAAAGUCGUCUUGUUCUUGUUCAUCAUUUAACUGAAACCAAAUUCGAUCAUGAUAUUAUUUCACUUGAUAUUGAUUCAAUACUAAUUAAUAAUGAUCGGAAUAGUGAUAUGGAUUAUAAUUGUCUUUCAAGUGCGAUAGUGCAAGGUGAAGAGAUGGCCUACAUUAUUUUCACUAGUGGUUCAACUGGAACACCCAAAGCGGUUCAAGUUCGACAUAAGAACUUUGUUGAUUGUAUACAUUCUUUAGUUUAUAUUAACUCAUUUAAUAAAGAUGAUACAGUUGUACAAAUGACACGAUGUUCAUUUGAUAUUCAUGUUCAAGAAAUACUUGGUACAUUGUUGGUUGGAGGCACACUAGUUAUGCUUCAUCCAAGUGGAGCUAUCGAUUUUGAUUAUUUAUCCACAGGCAUGCUUAUUGUUGUAGGUGAACCUUUUUCUGGUCCUUUAAUCGGUUUGAUUGUGAACAUUAGUAUAACAAACUGUAUUGUGUGGAAUUUAUACGGUCCAGCUGAAACAACCAUAGAUUGUACAGUCUGCCAUCUGAAUGUUACAAAUAAUAUACAAAGCAUUCCGAUUGGUAGACCACUUUCUAAUUAUCAAUAUAUGAUUAUGAAUGAAUAUUCACAACAAUCAAUCGCAAAUCAAGAAGGUGAACUGUGUGUAGGAGGAGCUGGCGUCUUUGCUGGUUACCUUGGUCGUGAUGAUUUAACUGCAAGAGCUCUUGUUGAAAUAGAUGGUCAAUUAUUUUAUCGAUCAGGUGAUCUUGUGAGAAUGGAUAACAAUGGUCUUCUUCAUUUUCAAGGAAGAAAAGAUCAUCAAAUCAAACUUCAUGGACAACGAAUUGAACUUGGUGAAAUAGAACAAUGUUUACUUCAAACAUCGAUUUCAGCCUGUGUUGUCAUUAAAUGGAGUGAUGAUCAUUUAGUUGCUUAUGUUCAGAGUUCUCAUAUUGAUGAAAGCGAAUUACGACAACAUUGUCAAUCACAUUUACCACCUCAUAUGACUCCAUCUUUCUUUGUUAUACUUGACAAAUUACCAUUAAAUGUAAAUGGAAAAAUAGAUCGAAAACUUCUUCCUCCACCUGACUCUUUAUCGAUAGUUACCGAUUAUGGUAAUGUACCAAGUACUACUCUUGAACAACAACUGCAACAGAUUUUCAGUCAAGCUUUCCAUAUUGAAUCUCCGCCUAUUGACGUUUCUUUUGGUCAGCUCGGUGGAACAUCGCUAGAUGCUAUACGCGCACUUACACUAAUGCGACAACAGGUGUAUACUAAUAUUGAUAUUGGUCUUCUAUUUACUAAUCCAUCUAUUCGACAAUUGGCCAUAGCAAUAGAACCUUUGUUGAUUUCAAAUCAAUCACAGGAGUCUGCUAUUGUAGUUAAUGAAAGUCAUGAAACUAAUGUUCGUCUUUCACCCUCGAUGAUCAUUGAAUCACUAGGUAUUAUACUUUUGAUUUGUCAGUGGUUAUGGCCAAUUGUAAUUCUUGUCCGAUGGUGCCCAUUUCUUUUUCCAUUCUUACCAGCAUCUCAUCUUAUAUUCUAUGCCAUUUGUUCACGUCUCUUUUCACUACAAAAUAACAAAACUGACAUUGUCUUCUCGUGGAACUAUUAUCGAUGGUGGUUUUUAGAUCGAUUGUGGUUUAAUAAUACAUUUUGGUUACAACAUAUACUUGGCACACCAUUCUAUAAUUAUUAUCUUCGUCUUUGUGGUGCUCGUGUUAGUAUCAAGGCACAUAUUUAUACUACAGCCAUAGAUGCCCCAUGGCUGAUAGAAAUUGAUGAUGGAACUUGGAUCGCUGAUCAAACAUCCUUGAAUUGUUUUCAUUUUAAUGAUGACAACACUUUUGAACUAUAUUCAAUUAAGAUCGGUUCUUAUUGUUCAAUCGGUACACGCUCGAUUCUGUUUGAUGGAGUUGAUAUGAAAGAUAAUAUUAUUGUUCAACCAAUGUCAUCAAUCACUGGUUUUGUUGCAUCUCAAACGAUUAUCGACGCUGACGACGACAAAUCUUCUACAAAUACACUCAUGACAUACAAUAAGCGAUCAUUAUCAAUAUGGCAUAAGAUCUUUCAAGUUAUUGUACUUUGCUUACUGAUCUAUAUACAUUCUAUACUUCUGAUCAUCAUUUACAAAGUUUAUUCAAUUGUACAAGUACCAUUACCUAUUUGUAUUGCUUUUUGUUGGACAUUAUGGUCAAUUCUUGGUUGUUUUAUUUCUGUUCUUCUUUUGAAAUUUAUAGUUGGUUCUUGUGCUGCUGGUGAGACAUAUCCAAUUGCAUCAUGGUCAUAUCUACAUAAAUUAUGGCUUCGUCAAUUAGUUGUAUCUAGUUUUCAUUAUGCAUGGUUACUACCAAAUAGUUACGAUCAUGUUUAUCCUAUUGUAGUUCGUUGGUUAGGUGCUCAAAUUGAAGAUAAUGUUAAAAUCGGUGAAAUAGAUACAUUCUUGUCUUAUCCAACAAAUUUAUUACAUUUUGAAACAGGAGUUACUACUUUUGGUUCAGUAUUAUUAGUUCCAACUGAGUUGACACUUUCAGGUGAUCAUUGUGUAGAUCACAUAACACUUGGAUCUUAUACAAAUCUUGCGAAUGGAUGUUCAGUUUUACCGGGUAGUCAUCUUGCGUCUGAGAUAAUGAUUGGUAAUUUAACACGUGUUUCUCGCGAGACAAAUAGUAACACAGGCGAUGUUUUUAUUGGUGUUCCAGCUUGUGUCAUGCCAUUCAAAAUGCCUUUGAGAUCAUCAUCAACAAUAACAACAGCAGAUGAAAUGAAAAUUAUUCCUAUUUGGCAUACAUGUUUUACUCAUUUCAUUAGUAAAUCUCUUCUCUUAACCAUCUAUUCAUUAACUGGUGUCAUUAGUAUGUUAAUCAUUCAUACAAUACUUAUUUGUAUUACUUAUCGAUAUCGCUCAUACAUACGCUAUCCACUAGUACAACAGAUAAUAUCAAGACUAAGACAAGAUCAUCAACAAUUCAUUUGUCCAUUUCUUGGCAAUACACAAUGGUUAAUUCAUUUAUUUCGUGUACUUGGUGCACACAUUGGUGAAGGUGUAAUCAUACCUGAUUUUUCUUGUCUCACUGAUUAUUAUUUAGUAAUGAUUGAAGAUGAUGUUCGACUUAAUAUGCAUGCUAAUAUUCAGUGUCAUAGUUUUGAACAACGUAUCCUAAAAUUAGCUCCUGUGACGAUCAGAAAGUCAUGUGUGCUUAUGAGUGGUUCAUUUGUGAUGGCAGGCUGCAAAUUGAUGGGCAACAAUAGACUUUAUCCAUUUACAUUGAUAAUGAAAAAUGAUCUGUUACUACCAAAUACUCAAUGGAAAGGACUCCCUGCAAAACUUUUGACAACAAAAGCAACAUCAUCUCAAUCUUUAUCGGUUCGUGAUAAUAAAGCUGAACAACAACAAUCAUCUGAAAACGUGGAUAGUUUGUCUUUCUGGUAUGAGUGGAUUGCAAAUACCUAUUCGAACGUUGAUGAACUACAAUUCAUGAAUUAUGGCUAUGCAGAUUUUGAUGAGCACAAUAACGAUAAUACCGACUACUGUUCGAAACAGCUAUAUAAACAGGUCCUUGCACACGUAUCACUUACAAAUCAGAAUGUACUUGAAGUGAGUUGCGGUAGAGGUGCUGGUGCUGUUUGGUGCGUCCAUAAUUAUGUACCUGGUUCUUAUGUGGGAGCUGAUCUUUCAUCCGGUGUCAUUGAUGUAUGUCGACAACGCCAUUCGAUGAUUUCUCGACUUUCCUUCGUAGUAGCUGAUGCAACAAAAUAUUUACCAUUUGAAAAUGAGUCCCUUGAUAUUGUCCUUUGUGUUGAAGCAACACAUGCUUAUGGUGGACCAGCAGCAGUACAACGAUUCGCUAGUGAAGUUACCCGUGUACUUCGUCCAAAUGGAUAUUUUCUUUGGUGUGACUUAUUGCACAUAGAUGGAUCAGAUACAUCCAUUGAUUAUUUAACAGCAAAUGGUGAAUUGAUUGUUGAAAAAAAGAUCAAUAUUACAAAAAAUGUUCUCCAUGCACUUGACAUUCAAAGCAACACUCGUGCUGAAUUUAUUAAACGUUAUGUUCGACCAAAAGAACAGGAAUAUUUUCGUUUGUUUGCUGGAUUACCUGGUACUCACAUGUACAAUGGCAUGUACGAAGGAAGUAUUCAGUAUUGGCGAGCUGUAUUUCGAAAGAAAACAACAACAGAUAUGAGCACCAUCUGA